GCACGUGAUCGGUGGCCCUAAUAAGGACACGGGAGGCUGGGAUCUGAUAGAAGACUUGUAGAUUGGACUGCCGAUAGCUACUCAGUCGGCUCUCGGCCCGUCAACCACAGGAAACUGGUAUAGCUACCUAGCUAGAGAAGUUAGCGAUAGAGGAGGAAGAAUAAUGUCCGAGGAAGAGAAGAAGGGGGAUAAGCCAGCUCCAGGGCCUAAUAAUACUCCAGACAAUGACGACACUGAUGAAGACCCUGCCAAAACUGGAGCAGAGGUAGCUGGAAACGGAGCUGAUGCUACGAGUCAAGGAGAUUCUGCUAAUGCUAUUAAAGAUGAGAACGCUACAGAAGGCAAGGCUUCAGGAGCCACUGGUACUGACAAGAAACCACAAACCGUUACAGAAGGCAAGGCUUCAGAGCCACUGGCACUGACAAGAAACCGAUACAAUGUGCCAAUGAUGCCAAAGAAGCUCCUCACAAGUGCGAAAAUGACCGAGAGAUCAAAAACCGUCCCUGGAAGAACAACUGCACUGAAUGUGAAAGCAACGGAAAUGAGUACAUCUAUUGCUCAAAGUGUGCAUGCAGGCCCGUAUGCCCCAUGUGUGGCAACGAGGACCAUUACAGGGUUCCUACUGAGAUGUAAAGUUAAAGCUACUUCAGAAACCGAGAUAAAUAUAAUCAAUAUACAGUGAAAGACACAAGUUCAUCAAUAAUGACUGUAAGAAUGCAUUAAGUUAUUAAAAAUGCUUCAUAAUUAUGUGGUCUGAGAGCAAAUCAGAUUUUCCUAACUAUUUUGAUAGAAUAUACGACAUGACAU